CGAUGGGGUCCCAUAAUGGACGUUGAACUUCAGGGAAACCUAAAGUCAAGUGUCACCAGCUUGACCUUUUUGGACCAGAAGCUACCUAACUCAACUUUGACGCCAACAGUGGAGACAAGCUACAUGUGAGGUCAGUCCCCAGACCAGAGAGUCUGGUCCCUUGUGAAGAUGGGCAACGUGAUGAGAGGGCUGAGCGUCAGGGGCAACAGCAGACCACACAACCAUGACAGCACCCUGAAGAAGGACUCACAGGACAUGGUAGCAGUGAUCCAGGACUACCCAUGCCGGGAUGUCAGCGAGCCCAUCUUCAGGAUGGGAGAAAAGCUUCUACUCAUCUCAGAGGAGGGUUACUGGUGGAGAGUCCACUCAAUCCAAACUGGGAAGGAGAACUAUAUCCCAAACUCCCAUGUGGUGAAAGUCUACCAUGGUUGGCUGUUUGACGGCGUAGGGAGGCAGAAGGCGGAGGAGCUGCUGAAACUACCUGGGAACAGAGUCGGCUCGUUCCUGGUGCGGGAGAACACCAAUGAAAGAGGUGCGUAUUCGCUCUCUGUGAGUCACCAAAGCAUAAAGCACUAUCGUAUCUUCCGAAUGGACAACAGCUGGUACUACAUUUCUCCCCGACUCACUUUCCAGUGUCUUGAAGAUUUGAUCAACCACUACUCUGAUUGUGCAGAUGGUCUGUGUUGCAUGCUGACCUCUCCCUGCCUGUCUGGAACACUGCCUUCAUCAGAUGUCCCUCCGCCCGUAGUGAUGCGACACAACUUUGACUGGAGAAAUGUCAAUCAGAGGGAGCUGGUCGCCACGGGAGAUUCUAGCUUACCUAACAACUGUGACUCCCUGGUGAGCUAUGGAGUCAGGAACAGCAUCGCCGCGUACCUGGCUUUCUCCGAGGGCCAGCAACACUCACAGAAGAAGACCAGCAGGAAACAGAAGAGCAAAUCGGUUUAUGCUUUCUUUGAGUCCAACCUGGAUUAUCAGAAUCAUGAGGAUGAAUUCUAGGACCAGCGUCAGUGCGCUAAAGAUGACAGCUGUGUUUCAAAUGGUGAUGGUGGAAGAGGACAUAUCUUCAUCUCUUGUAGCCCACCAUGCGCUGAAUGUCAGUGGUCAGUGGCUACUCAACAUUAAUGGGAAGCAUCCCCAAACAACCAGAUGGUAUAAAUUCUAUAGGGUACAUGAUAUUGCACUUUAAGCCUUAGGAACAAGAUACCAUAUGCAUCUGUACAGCACAACUUGUGCAUGAGUUGUAAAUGAUUAACUUAAAUGUGGAAGUUGAACAGGCGGGUGCUGCAACUGAACUGUGACGUGUGAAUUUCAUACAAAAAGCCGAGCCUGCUAAAUGAGGGAACUUGGCGGUUUGAUGGUUUCUUGGGCUUUGAAGGCUAUGUUAAAAGUUGUUUUAUUUAAAUAAAUAUUAUAUA